ACUUUCUCCGCUUACGAAAUGGUGCUGCUGAGUUGAGGGAGGGAGGGAAAGAGGGAGAGAGAUGGAGCCUUGCAAGGAGAUAGAGGCCGAGCACCCUCCCUUCUUUCGUGUCUACAAGGACGGCACUGUCGAGCGAUACAUAGCCAUCGGAUUCAUCCCUUCCGGCCACCACCCUGAAGCCGGCGCCACCUCCAAAGAUGUCGUCAUCGCCCCGGAAACUGGCGUCUCCGUCCGCCUUUACCUCCCUGAUCCGCUGCCCAGUGGCAAGCUCCCUAUCGUCGUCUACUUCCACGGUGGCGGUUUCUGCAUUGGCUCCGCCUUUUCGAGCCACCACCCUUACGUGGCCUCCCUUGUUGCGGAGGCCCGAGCCGUCGGCGUGUCCGUCGAGUACCGCCUCGCACCGGAGCACCCCGUCCCUGCCGGCCACUACGACUCUUGGACUGCCCUCCAGUGGGUAGUGCGCCAAGCCGAAGCGGGGCCUGAAGCCGAGCCAUGGCUAGCGGAGCACGGCGACUUCCACCGGCUUUUCCUUGCCGGGGAGAGUGCCGGAGCCAAUCACGCGCACCACAUGGCGAUGGCAGCUAGCGGCGCCCCAGCGUUCGGGCCCCUGCCUGCGGGCGGCUUGCCGGUGAGGUUCGUGGGGCUCGUGCUGGUGCACCCGGCUUUCUCGGAGCCGGAAGCGAAGUUGGAGGACGAGCCGCUGUGGAGGGUCGUCUGCCCGACUACCACGUUGCCGGACGAUCCCAUUAUCAACUUCAUGGCGCAAAGCGCGCCGGAAAUUGACCGGCUGGCUUGCGACCGCGUGUUGGUGUGCGUGGCCGAGAAGGACAAGAUGAGAAACGUCGGUCGCUUGUACUACGAGGUGCUGGUUCGGCGAGGAUGGCGUGGCGCUGCGGAGAUUGUGGAAACUGAGGGAGAGAACCAUGCCUUCCACUUCUUCGCUCCCCACUCCAAUAAGGCGAAGCAUCUAAUGGAGAAGAUUGUCUCCUUCAUCAAUCAAUCUUGAUAGGAUCCGUCUUUUUCAUAUCAUGAAGAAAGAUCAGCUGUUUGAGCAGAGAUAGAGAAAUGAUGUUUUGGGUAGUGAGAAUUUGUUCUGAUGCUUUGGGAUUAGCCCUUGAAACAGUUUCAGUUUCUUACUUAAAUUUGACCCUGGUUUGCAUGAUUGAUUUUCCACUUGCAGAAGAUUGUUGGGGUUAAAUGAGGAUCUGAUGCAACGUAUUUUGCAGAAAAACUGUGCAUCUAUAUUUCGAGAAAGUAAUGUUGUUAGCUUUUUUGUUCAA